AUGAAAAGGAGUCUAGCUGACACUUCAGGUCGCAGCACAGCAGGUUGUCUGCCUGUACCUCUGUUCAAUCAAAAAAAAAGAAAUAGACAGCCCCUCACUUCAAGUCCACUUAAAAAUGAGUUUGGUACCAGUUCUGGGACUCGUACUUAUGACUUUUCCCCCACAUCCUUCGGCUGGGGAAUGAUGACUCCAGAAGUGGUUGAACUACAGAAAGAAGCAAGCAAUGGUCAAACAGAACAUCAGGUGGCUUCUUCUGUUAUGAAACCACCAAAUGCAUCAAAGUCUAAUUUAGCAAAUGCUGGGAAAAAACUUGUAUGCCUCUAGGUUGCAGAGAAGACUCCCAGUACUAAAGUUUGGAACAGAAAUGGAUAUACUCCUCCAAAUAACACAACAAAUGCAAGAUCUGAUAGUGGAAUUAUUCAGAAGUUUGAGAAUCUUUCAAAUAAUUUGAAAACUGCCCAGCAGCAAAAAAACCCUCAUAACCGUAAUUCAUCCCAGCUUAUUAAACCAACAGAAACUAGCCAGACAUAUAUAUCUAAAGGACAGGGGCCAGUGAAACCUAACAUCGUUUCAAGAAGUCUGCAGGAUCAUAGUCUGGGAUAUAAAUUUAGCCGCAAUAUUCAGCAAAAUAAAAUGAAUGAAAACCAAUUUGGUUGUGUUCCAGAAGACAAAAGCCAGGAAUUUUCAUCAUCUCAACUAAAAAUUAAAGAAAAAAAUAAUUCUUUGCGAAUCAUAUCUGCAGUCAUUGAAAGUAUGAGGCACUGGAGUCAAUAUGCUUAUAAAGCUGCACUAUUAUUUGAAGUUUUAGGCACACUUGAUUCUGCAGUCACACCUGGAGCGUAUGGGGCAAAGAAUUUUCUUUUGAGAGAUGGAAAGGAGAGUCUGCCUUGUGUAUUUUAUGAAAUUGACCGGGAGCUUCCAAGACUAAUUAGAGGUCGAGUGCACAGGUGCAUGGGAAACUAUGAUGCAAAAAGGAACAUUUUCAAGUGCGUCUCUGUAAGACCAGCAACUAUUCAAGAACAAAAUGCUUUCCAAGAAUUUGUUAAAAUUGCAGAUGUUGAGAUGACAGCAUAUGUAAAAACAAUGAAUGAAAUUUAA